ACUGAACAGAGCUGAGGCGCCAUUUCAUGUUGGAGGUUAUGAACCAAAAACCUGAAAUAAAAGGACAUAAAUCUGUGAUUCAGAGGGACAUUUAACUGGUGAGUCUACCGAUUGAAAGAUACUUCAAAGAUCUGAAGAAAAUGGCUGAGAAGACUCUUUUUAAAGAUUACCUGAGCUGCCACGUUUGUUCAGAGAUUUUCAAGGAUCCGGUGUCUCUGAGCUGCAACCACAACUUCUGUUCAAGCUGUCUGAAAGAGUUCUGGGAACAAACUAAAAGCCGAAACUGUCCCAUCUGUAAAAGAAGAUUUUCUAAAGAGGAUUUUGGUGUGAACUUUUCACUGAAGGAACUUGCCGACUCUUUUGCUGGAACACAGACAGGUGUAUCAUAUGAGACUGAAAAAGAAGGAAAGAGGCUGGAGGAGGUUUGUAGUAAACACCCAGAAAAACCUCAACUGUUCUGUAGAGACGAACAGAGAGCUGUGUGUCCUGGAUGUGACAUUUCUCUGCACCAGAACCACAAAGUGGUUCCUGUAGAAGAAGCAGUCAGUGAGCUGAAGGAGCAGCUGAAAUCUGACUUAAAGUCUCUGCAGGACAAGAGGAACAAAUACAAACAAGUGGAGGAAACAUAUGAAGAUGUGGUUCAACACUCCAAGAAGCAGCUGCUGUCCACAGAGAAGCAGAUCAGAGCAGAGUUCAACAAACUCCAUCAGUUCCUGAAAGAGGAAGAGGAGUCCAGACUGGCAGCUCUGAGGGAGGAAGAGGAGCAGAAGGGGAGGAGAAUCAGCAGGGAGAGGAAGAGGAUCCAGGAGCAGAUCUCCUCUCUGUCAGACAGCAUCUCUGCUGUUGAAGAAGACCUGCAGAAAGACAACAUGAUGUUCCUCAGCAGGUAUAAACCCACUCAGGACAGAGCCAGAGACCAGUGCUCAGUGUCAGAUCCACAGCUGCUCUCAGGAGCUCUGAUAGAUGAGGCCAAACACCUGGGCAACCUGGCCUUCAGAGUCUGGGAGAAGAUGAGGGACAAGGUCCACUUCAGUCCUGUUAUUCUGGACCCAAACACUGCAAACCACUGUCUCCAUCUGUCUGCUGAUCUGACCAGUUGGAGUUAUGGAGCUACAAAGCAGCAGCUUCCUGAUAAUCCGGAGAGAAACAUCAACUACACCAGUGUUUUUGGUUCUGAGAGUUUCAUCUCAGGGAAACACAGCUGGGAGGUGGAGGUGGGAGAUCAUCCUAACUGGCUGCUGGGUUUGGUUAAAGACUCAGUUGAGAGGAAGGACGAGAGAUAUCCUUCCCCAAAUAAUGGGAUCUGGUGUUUAUGGCAUGGUGAUGGAAAAUACACCAAUGGGGCUGACAAGAACAUCAGGAUGAAGACGAGUGUCCAGAGGAUCAGAGUCCAGCUGGACUAUGACGGGGGGGAGGUUUCCUUCUACAACUCUGAAGACAUGACACACAUCUACACUCACAGAGACACUUUCACUGAGAAACUCUUCCCUUAUUUCAGUGUUGGAAAGUCUCGUGAUUCAAAAACUUCUGAGAUCAGAAUCCGUCCGACUGAGAUUUAGUUUUAACAUUUUAAAACAUAUUUGUGUCUUUAAUGUUUUGAUGGAAUAACUUUUCCAAGAUCAGGAUUAUUUCAAGUAAAAAGUUUACAUGUACAAACAAACGAAUCUCAAAACUAUGAAAAUACUACAACAUUCAGCGUUGAAUAAGAUAUCAAAAAGUUGUGAGUAAUUUGUAGUUUGUAUUCAUGAUUUAAAUGUGCUGGAAUCACUGGGAUGAGAUUUUAUGUUUUACUUUACUUUACUGUUUAAAUAAAUGUAGUAACCAGUUCAAAAUAUGACAUAAAAAAUCCACCAUGUUCCUAAAUCUGAGAGUUAUUUUUAAUCAACCUGCUGAUUUUAUCACAUAAAAGAGUAAAAGUCAAAUAAAAAAUCAAUACUAAAGAACAUAUUUCUGUGUAAAUUUUGUAAUUGUUCAAAUGUCAGAGUUUAUAAGUCGUUCCUCAAGUUUCAGUCCAAAGAUCAGGGUUUUUAAACAAACUGCAACUAAAAGAUUACUGAUCACUAAAAGAUACUAAAACAUGGAAAACUGUUUGAACGUCUAAAAACACAGAUGGUACUCAUGUGAGCAAAUGUUUUAUAAUUGUUGCUUCAUAUCUUUUUAAACCUUUUUUUAUAUGUAUCAUGUAUGUAUGUUUAUUUUAUCAUUCUUAACUGUGGUUCAUAAAACCUUCAUAUGUGAAACAUUGAUUUUGUUUAAGUUUCUUUCAAUCAAACAUCUGUAUUAACCUGGUAAACAAACAUGAUCAUGAUUUAUUUUAAUUAUUUGAUAUCCUGAUUUUAAUAAACUGCAUGUAAUUUAU